AUGGUCCAGCCGCCAAGUGGCAAGCCUGUGGAGGAGGAUGAGGAUUACGACUAUGAAUCCCUUCCACCAAACUUCUCGCUACUGCAGAACAUGGCUGCAGGAGCAUUUGCUGGGAUUGCUGAACACACCGUCAUGUACCCCAUUGAUGCGAUCAAGACACGAAUGCAAGUGCUACAACCGCAUGGGACGAUAACACACAACAGCGUUCUUCGAAAUGCUUUCCAAAUCGCGCGGACCGAAGGUGUUUUCAGCUUAUGGCGCGGCAUGUCCAGCGUUAUUGUGGGAGCCGGUCCUGCCCACGCUGUUUACUUUGCGACCUACGAAGCCGUUAAACAUGCCAUGGGCGGCAAUCAAGUUGGCGUCCACCACCCUCUUGCUGCUGCCACAAGCGGUGCCGCAGCUACAAUCGCCAGCGAUGCUUUCAUGAACCCAUUCGAUGUCAUCAAGCAGCGUAUGCAGAUGCAAGAGUCUCGAAAGAUGUAUCGUUCCAUGGUCGACUGCGCCAAGUACGUCUACCGAAACGAAGGCCUCGGCGCUUUCUACAUCUCUUACCCAACCACACUGUCCAUGACCGUCCCCUUCACGGCCCUGCAGUUCCUCGCCUACGAAUCCAUCUCCACCACCAUGAACCCGCAGAAGUCAUAUGACCCUGUCACGCACUGCCUCGCCGGAGCCGUUGCCGGUGGCUUUGCCGCUGGUCUCACCACGCCCAUGGACGUCAUCAAGACCAUCCUACAAACAAGAGGCACAUCCUCGGAUCCGCAAGUUCGAAAUGUCAGCGGCUUCUCAGAUGGCUGCAAGCUGCUGUAUAGAAGGGAGGGCUUCAGGGGCUUCUUCAAGGGAGUCAGGCCCAGGGUUGUCACAACAAUGCCCAGCACUGCUAUUUGCUGGUCUGCUUAUGAAUUUUCCAAGUGA